AUGGAUAGUUCACUCCUAGCCCACACUGCCACACCGCCACCAUGGGCAUCUCGAUCCUUCCUUAUUGGGGGUCAAGUUGUCAAUAUGAAUGCUGCUGGUACAGGACAAUCAACAACAGCAUUCACAGUGACAUUUGGUGAUGGACAACCUACAGCUGAUGUUACCCAUUACUUACCCACGUGUAUUGUGACCAGUGGAUCAGGAUCAUUCAUUCGACUAGAGAAGACUGAUGGUAGUCUAGUGUGGGCUGAGACAGGUGCCUUCUCAGGAGUUACUGUUGUAACGGUGAACACAACAGUACAUCCUAUACUGGACACAUCAUUCACUGGACUGUACCAUUGUAGAACAGUGGAUUACAACUCAACAGAAACAUAUCAACUCAACAUUGUAGCUGAACAAGUUCAGUCUGGACUAUCACCUACAUCACUGACAUUGCCCUACUCUGGUGUUUCGUACACCAUACCAUGCAUGUCAAGUGGAAACUUUCCUCUCAACGUAUCUUGGAGCUUAACAUUAUCUCUGGACUCACAGAAGAUACAGACGCUGACAUAUACGAAUAUGGUGGAUUCUAUGUUCAGCUUCCGAAGGAAUGAUUCCCAGAUUAUGUUUACAGAAAGUGAUACAUCAGGUGCUACCUUUAAUGUAAUCUGUACGACAUCGUAUACUACAAACUUUGAUUGUAUUGGAAUGGGAUCAAGUCCUCCACGGCCACAAAGUGCGAUUGACAGAUGUGUGAAUUCCGCCCAGGCACUAUCUACCACUGUCUCUGUCACUAUUCAAGUGCAAUGUCCUACUCUCACUAACAGCAAGUUCAAUUACAAACCUUUUGCCAGUUUCAACACACUACCAGGUACCACAGUAUCCAUCGAAUGCAUAACAGGGUUUUUGUCUAACAAUAGUAUGGAAAUAACCCAGUCUACAUGCCAGGGCAAUGGAAGGUGGCAACCAAGGCAACCUUUAUGUGAAAGGUGCAUUUUGGAAUGCAAUGACACUAACGUGGUGGAAUGUAAUCAUGUUGUGGGAAUGGCAGCUGUCAACUGUAUUUGUGGACAAAACCUCCAGUGGACCAUGGGCAAAUGUCAACUUAUUCCUACGGAUCCGGCUACUACUACGGUCAGUUCAGCAACUGAUUCAACAACAGGAUCAACACCUGAUUCAACAACAGGAUCAACACCUGGAUCAACACCUGGAUCAACACCUGGAUUAACACCUGGAUCAACACCUGGAUCAACACGUGAAUCCUGCACCACAACUAACGUACAAUCUCAAAUGAAUUGA